GUAGAAUGCCAUCCUUAUCUUAACCAGAGCAAGCUACUAGAUUACUGCAAAUCAAAAGACAUUGUUCUGGUUGCCUAUGGUGCUCUGGGCACCCAACGAUAUAAGAAUUGGAUUGACGAGAACGCUCCGUUUCUCUUGGAAGACCCAGUUCUUUGCGCCAUGGCAGAAAAGCACAAACGAACUCCUGCCCUGAUUUCCCUCCGUUAUCUGCUGCAGCGUGGGGUGGUGAUUGUAGCCAAGAGUUUUGCUGAGAAGCGGAUCAAGGAGAACAUGCAG